UCUUUUUUUUUUUUUUUGUUCAUUCUCAAUCAUACCAUGGCCACCAAUAUUGAUCCUAAUUCUGCUGUUUAUGCUACUGAUGAAUAUGGUCGUCCUUUUAUCAUUCUUCGUGAAGGUCAAAAGAAGGCUCGAGUUAGUGGUAUUGAAGCCAUUCGUUCUCAUAUUUUAGCUGCAAAAACAGUGGCUAAUAUCAUCAAAACCUCUCUUGGUCCACGAGGUUUGGAUAAGAUCUUGAUCUCUCCUGAUGGCGAAAUUACUGUUACCAACGAUGGCGCUACUAUUUUGGAUCAAAUGGAAGUAGAACAUCAAAUUGCAAAGUUACUUGUUCAAUUGUCAAAAUCUCAAGAUGAUGAAAUCGGUGAUGGUACCACUGGUGUUGUUGUACUUGCUGGAUCUCUCUUAGAACAAUGUGAAGAAUUGUUGGACAGAGGUAUUCAUCCUAUUCGUAUUGCUGAUGGGUUUGAACGUGCCUGUAAGGUAGCUGUGGAACAUUUGGACAAGAUAUCCGAUACCAUUGAAUUUGACAAACAAAAUGUAGUCAACCUCAAAAAGACUGCCAAGACCAGUCUUGGUAGUAAAAUUGUCUCCAAAUGUCAUGAUCAAUUUGCUGAUAUUGCUGUCAAUGCUGUUUUAUCUGUGGCUGAUUUGGAACGCAAAGAUGUUGAUUUCGAAUUAAUCAAAGUGGAUGGCAAAGUAGGUGGAUCAUUACAAGAUACAUUAUUGGUACAAGGUGUUGUUGUGGAUAAAGAUAUGUCACAUCCUCAAAUGCCUCGUGAAAUCAAGGAUGCCAAACUCGCCAUUUUAACCUGUGCCUUUGAACCUCCUCGACCCAAGACUAAACACAAGUUGGAUAUUACUUCAGUUGAAGAAUAUGAAAAAUUACAAGCUUAUGAAAAGGAGAAGUUCCAAGAUAUGAUUCAAAAAGUCAAGAACUCUGGUGCUAAUUUGGUUAUUUGUCAAUGGGGCUUUGAUGAUGAAGCUAAUCACUUGUUAUUACAAAAUCAAUUACCUGCUGUUCGAUGGGUUGGUGGUCCUGAAAUUGAAUUGAUUGCUAUUGCUACCAAUGGUCGUAUUGUCCCUCGAUUUGAAGAUUUAUCUCCUGAAAAGUUGGGUAAUGCUGGUGUCGUUCGUGAAUUGGCUUUUGGUACAACAAAGGAUCGUAUGUUGGUAAUUGAAGAUUGCGCAAAUAGUCGUGCUGUUACUGUCUUUGUCCGUGGUGGUAAUAAGAUGAUCAUUGAUGAAGCCAAACGUUCUCUUCAUGAUGCUAUUUGUGCUGUUCGCAAUUUGGUUCGUGAUAACCGUGUGGUUUAUGGUGGUGGUGCUGCUGAAAUCAGUUGCUCUCUUGCUGUCUCUAAAGUGGCUGAUGAGAUUUCUUCUAUUGAACAAUAUGCUAUGCGUGCAUUUGCUAAUGCAUUGGAUGCUACUCCUUUAGCUUUAGCAGAAAACUCUGGUCUUUCUCCUAUUGAAACUUUGGCAUCUGUCAAGGCUCAACAAGCUACUACUGGAAAUCCUCGUCUUGGUGUUGACUGUUUGUACAAGGGCUCUAAUGAUAUGAAAGAACAACAUGUUUAUGAUCCUCUUAUCUCAAAGCGACAACAAUUCCUUCUUGCUACACAACUGGUCAAGAUGAUUCUCAAGAUAGAUGAUGUGAUUAUGUCUGGUCCUGAACAAUAGAUUACCAAUCACAAAUUUCCUCAAUACAUACAUAAUCACAAGAUAUAGUUUUACAUUCUUUUUCCUUUUUUCUUUCUUUCUUUAUUUCUGUGUCUUAUUCUUUUUGUUCAUACUGAUGUUUUUUUUUUUAUACUGAUUACAAGUCAAAUAAAGAAAAAAAAAAUUGAUCUUCU